AUGAAGACUACAGUUCUGAAUGUUUUCGCCAUUGUCCUUAUUUGGGCGACGGCUGUCUUUGCUCUGGCCGCCGUUGACGAUGACAGACAGCCACUGGUAGCUCUUGAUCUCGAUUCAGCUCAUGGCAAUAACCGCAACCAGGUCAUUCCGCGAGUCUCACCUGAUCAGACUAGCGACGCGGAUAUUCCAUACGAGAGCUUUCCAGCUUCUGGAAACUCCACCGACGUUCACGCCUUCGGAGGAGACGGCGCCAACUGCAAGGGUAGCUCGCAGUGUAAAUAUUGCAGGGCGAGCCUUGACCAAAUCCUCGAAACUCUCCACGAGAUUCCCGAUCAUGUCACAUUCAAGAACGGCGAGAAGAUUGCGUGCCAAGUAUGCAAUCAUGAAUACUUUCAGGGCAUGUGCAUUUUCGCCCGAAACCUUCAUAUGGAUAUCAACGCCAAGGACGUCCGAGAGAUCGUUCAGCGGCUUAGGAAUCACCCCUGCGGACGAUGCGGAAGCGUUCCUAUCCAUAAGGGCGCAAGUCUCGACCAAGGUAUGAUCACAGCCAACUACAUCAACCGUGCAUGUGCUGGUAAAGCACAGGACCGCGCUCGGGGUUGCCCACCACCCUCACUAUAA